GAGGAUCCUCUCCAUCUCGCAACCGAACCCUCAAACCGCCGGCCUCACGUCCAUCACCUAUUCGAAGCUGCAUCUCAGACGCUCAAUUGCGCUCACUAGCCAAGAUGACCAUCACCAGCCGGCUCUACAGCUCCUUCUUCCGGUCGAACUACCUGAUGCUCGCGACCGUCUUCACCGCCGGUUUCGCCUGGGAGGUGGGCUUCAACAACACCAUGGACAAGAUCUGGGAUAGCCACAACCGAGGCCGCCAAUGGAAGGAUAUCCGACACAAGUUCAUCGAGGCCGAGGAGGAUGACGAGUAGAGGAUGCGAGACACCGUUUCGAGGGCCGGACGAGGGAUUCACUCUGUGCCAGUAGCCGUGUACAAAUUAUAGGAGAAAUAGAGGCAGGAUCACGGGCGUUUUCCCUUUGUCGUCUGGAUGCUACUUUUGGCCGUCUUGGAGACUCGUGAUGCAAUGCCGACCGAGGGGAAUUGGCUGGUAGCGCAGUGGCCAAUACCCGCCCGCCCACGCCCACAUUUGGUCGCCUUGAUUGACUGCUGCCAGCCUGACAAAUAAAAAACAAAUAAAAUCUGCUCAAGGCCUUAUCUGAC